UUUACCUCUCGCCGGAUGUUGCGUCACGCAGCGAGUCAAAAAAGACAGCGUGCGCAGCAGCCGUAAAGCCUGAACAAGUGAAAAGUCGCGAAGUGACGCUGAAGUGUUCCGCAGACCCGGAAGGGAGCUACGAGGUGGAGGUGACUGGGAGCUGAGCAUUUCAGAUCUGCUUGGUGAACCAGUGCAACACCAUGCUGGCUGCAAGGCUUGUGUGUCUUCGGACCGUACCUUCCAAGGUUUUCCACCCAGCAUUCACCAAGGCCACCUCCCCUGUUGUAAAGAGUUCCAUCACAAAGAAUCAGUGGCUCUUAACACCCAGCAGGGAAUAUGCCACCAGGUCAAGAAUUGGAAUCCGCCGUGGGAAAACUGCCCAAGAGCUCAAAGAGGCAGCACUGGAACCAUCAAUGGAAAAAAUAUUUAAAAUUGACCAGAUGGGAAGAUGGUUUGUUGCUGGAGGGGCUGCUGUUGGACUUGGAGCAUUGUGCUACUAUGGCUUGGGAAUGUCUAAUGAGAUUGGAGCGAUUGAAAAGGCUGUAAUUUGGCCUCAGUAUGUGAAGGAUAGGAUACAUUCCACCUACAUGUACUUAGCAGGAAGUAUUGGUUUAACGGCUUUGUCUGCCAUGGCGGUAGCUAGAAGUCCUGUUCUCAUGAACUUCAUGAUGAGAGGCUCUUGGGUGACAAUUGGUGCAACUUUUGCAGCCAUGAUUGGAGCUGGAAUGCUGGUACGGUCCAUACCAUAUGAACAGAGUCCAGGCCAAAAACAUCUUGCCUGGUUGCUCCAUUCUGGUGUGAUGGGUGCGGUGGUGGCACCUCUGACCAUAUUAGGCGGCCCUCUCCUCAUCAGAGCCGCCUGGUACACAGCUGGCAUCGUGGGCGGCCUGUCCACUGUGGCCAUGUGUGCACCCAGUGAGAAGUUUAUGAACAUGGGAGCGCCCCUGGGUGUGGGCCUGGGUCUGGUCCUCGCGUCCUCACUGGGAUCGAUGUUUCUUCCACCUACCUCUGUGGCUGGUGCCACUUUGUACUCAGUGGCAGUGUAUGGUGGAUUAGUUCUUUUCAGCAUGUUCCUUCUGUAUGAUACUCAGAAAGUAAUCAAACGUGCAGAAAUAACACCAAUGUAUGGAGUUCAAAAGUAUGAUCCCAUCAACUCGAUGUUGGCAAUCUACAUGGAUACAUUAAAUAUAUUUAUGCGAGUUGCAACUAUGCUAGCAACUGGAACCAACAGAAAGAAGUGAAACUGCAGCAUCUGGCUUCUGUUGGCAUCAGACGUCUCUUUUUAGUAGAGGAGAUACUCGUUAAAUACUUUGUACAAGCCACUCUUGCUGAAGUUUAGAGGUUAAGAACGUGUCUACACAUUUAAAAUGUCCCAGUAAUGCGACCCUCGGGUUGGCUUUUUCUUUUAGAGAAUAAAUUCAGUAAUUCUCCUCCAAGUAACCACAUAAAUAUGUCCAGUUCUUGUGUUUGAGUAAUUUUAGAAAACUUUAUUUAACAAAUGUGAAAACUAGAAUUUGUGUUAGGAGAACUUAAUUUUGUCUAUUUUUGAGUUUAUUAGAGUAAGUGAAAAUUAGUGAGUUUGUGUUUGCCUGUUUAUUUUUCAGCACACAGAAUAUUGAAGUAAUGUCAUAAGCAACAUAGAACUUUUGGUGUAGAGACCAGAGAGAAAUAGUAGGUUACCCAUGGCAUUUUUCCCCCAUUUUUAGAAUUUAGCAUUUUGUGAUUGUGAUGAGUCAGUGAUAGACUUCUGAGUAUUUGGAACAAACGAGUGACUGCUGUUUUUACAUUUGCCUUUGAAACAGAGAGACGGGGGAUUCAUCCUCCUGCUUUGCUUCUCAGUGCUGUCUUCACUCUGGAGAUGCCGUCCUGGUGAGGACAUGUUGGGACAGUCCAGAGCGUUAGUCACAUGGGUAGUCCCUGGUGGAAUUAUGUAUGUGUGAGUUUUCCUUUUGAAUCUCCUAAAGUAACAUAUCCUUAAAAUGUCUCUAGAUAAAAUGUUCAAAGCAUGAAAUUUGUUGCUUUUUCAAGUACACAAACAACAUGUUUAUAGUUGCGGAGGUUUUGAUGCAUAAGUACUGAUGUCUAAUUGAAUACAUGCUUGCUUAGCUCUUAAGGUUUUGACAUCAUUAGAAAAACCUUUGGCUUACACUGGAGAUAUGAAAGCAGUUUUUCUCCUAAAACCAUUGGUUUCUUGCAUUCCCUUUCAGAUUAAGCACUCCAAAGCUAGCUAUCUUUAUGAAAAAUAUUAAUAAAAAAUGUGUGAGGAAAGUUCUUUGUUAGUUUCCCCAGAAUUUUCUUUUUUUCCUACAUAGACCAUUAUUUAGCUUUCUUGUGACAUUUGUUAAGUUUUUUGAUACAGAACUGGGUCUUUAGACUGGGAAGAAGUCUGUAUGAUUACUGAGAUGAUUGCUAUUUUUGAUAAAUAUUUAUUACAGUAAUCUUGAAAUAACUUUUAACCAUCUCAAAGUACAUAGAAUGCUUAUUUAUGAAACAAUAAAGCUUCUGGCCAGAUGA